AGAAAACUGAAAAUUUUUUUUUUUGCUUGGAUCCAGCGCGGAAUGCGAACUCGACAUUUCUAUGUAAGGUUACGGCAUAGACGGGCUAAUUAUAGACUGUUUUUUUUUUCGUAUUGUGUGUAGACUGGACCCAUAUGGGCAUUGCUAAGCCAUCCACCGAGAGAGACGCAUCUCGUAUACUUCUCUAACGUAUCCUUUCGUUUCCUGUGCGGAAGCAGUCUAACACAAUGGCUAACAUUUCGAGAGCGCGAAGUCGAAAGCGGGCCAAAGGGGAAAUCUGCCACUUGCUUUCUCCAAUAGAUUCAGUCACAUCGGUAAACAACGGUGAGCAGCCAUUGAAUUUGUGUGUUCGGGACGAAUCUUUACCAGUGUUACUGCCUCGCGGAACAGCUACCGAGGAGCAGGUGAUCAGGAAUUCUACCAUCCGACGACGGAAGAAGCGUUCUGCAAUCUUUCUUCCGCCAGAGAAGCUUGCCGAUAACGACGUUUGUAUCUGUAAAUUCAAAUUUGUUGCUGGACAGACUCCAAGAUUACAGGAAAAGAAGAUCCUUUCCCUUGAUUCUGGCGGAAACUUCCGUUUUUUCCCCGAAUUACAGCACCAGCAAAAUCAGGAAAAACAACAACUGCAGCAGCAAGAACAGCGUAAACAAUCGAUCAUUGCAUCAGUCACCGUCCCGCAGCAGCACAACCAACAAGUCAAGCCGAUCCCCGCUUUACUUCCGAUUAAUACUAUUCGUCCAAACUGGUGCCCACCACAUUCGCUUACAACAAAAAAUCCACCUCGAAAUCUUGCAGCAGCAUUGUCUUCGUCUUUACUAGAUAUCAGUCCCGGUAGCGGAAGUAGGAGGUUAUCACGACGCCAAAAGAUGGAACAAACUUUUGGCGACAAGGGAUUUCUAAUCCAAACGCAACACGUUCCAGCUACGGAAGGAUCUGCAUUCUGCAAGUUCCGUCAGCUGAAAAAAUUCACCCGCUACUUGUACCGAUCAUGGCGACAUUAUCUGCCCGAUGAAAACCCCUCAGCCAAUUCUCCUACCGAAUAAGAUUGGGCAAUAAAAGUGAAAUGCGGUCAGCAGGCAGGCCCAUGUGCAUACUACAAGUUGAAAAAGCAAAUGUGAAUCACUUUUUCUUACGUUCAAGUCAUAUCACUGCCACGUCACAAAACUAUGUGCUUCAUUCAUUUAGCGAACGCUUUUCGAUCCUUGUAACAUUACGGUUUAAUAUUUGUUUUUGUUUUUGUUUCCGGAAAAAUAGACACAGGGUGAUGUAUA